AUGGAGCGGCGCCGCGGCUUAAACGUGUGAAUGGAGAGGCGCCGCGGCCACUGUUCCAUGAAGCGCACACCCUGCAGCAUGUUCCGCCUGUCCACCGCGCUGCUAGUCCUGCUCCUCGCCACAGCCAGAGUGGUGGGGUUGCCUUUGGGCAAGGGUGAGGGAACAGUAUUGACCACGCCAGCGCUUCCAGCACCAAACGUCUCUGCAGUCAGCCAUGGUGACACCUCCCAGUUUGUCCCAGAGCAACUCACAGGCUCCAUGGAGGAGGAGGAGGAGGAUGAAGAGGAUUAUUCAGAAGACUAUGAGCUCUCGGGAUCGGUGGAGCUUCAGGAUGGUGUAACUCUACCUAAAGUGCAAGCGGUCGUCAAACCCCAAAACAAAGAGCGGAAGAGAAAGGGCUCGAAAAAAGGAAAGGGCAAGAAAAAGAAAAAUGGGAAUGGGAGGAAGCGGGAUCCGUGUAAAACCACGUACAAGGAUUACUGCAUCCACGGUGAAUGCCGGUACCUGAAGGAGCUGAAAGCGCCGUCGUGCAUAUGUCUUCCUGGCUAUCAGAAUGAGCGAUGUGGGAUUCAGGCACUGCACACGGGCAAAGACAAGGAGCACUUUGACGACCUCUCAGUGACGCUGAUAGUUGUCGGAGUAUCUCUGCUCGUCCUGGCUGCUGCGACCAUCACUGUGGCUUUGUACUUGAGGAAGAAAAUGAGAGCUGAGCGUGAAACUGUGAACGAAGAGAAACAGAAACUGAGAUCGGAGAAUGGAAUCGUGGCUUAAAAAUAAAGGUCAACAUUGGACAUCUGGAAACUGAAGACCACUGUAUCUAACGCAGUCAUAGAGACAUACAGCACUGAAACAGGCCCUUGGGCCCAACGUCUCCACGCCGACCAAGAUGACCCAUCUGAGCUGGUUCCAUUUGUCUGCAAUAGAUCCAAAUCCUACUAAAACCUGUCUAAAUGUUCCUGUUGGAGUUAUUAUUACACCUGCCCCACCAACUUCCUCUGUCAGCUCAUUCCAUACACCCACCACUAUCUGUGUGGGGAAACGUUUCCCCUCGGGUCCCUAUUCAAUCUUUCCCUUCUCAUAUUAAAUCCAUGCCCUCUAGUUCUUGAUUCCCCUACUCUGGGUAAAAGACAGUGCAUUCACCCUAUGAUGAUCUUGUACACCUCUAUAAAAUAAACCCACAGCCUCCUGUCAUGCAAGGAAUACAAUCCUAGCCUACCCAACCUCUCCCUGUAACUCAGGAAGCUCCAGAGGUGACUUCAUUAGCCAGUUAGCAUUGUAGUCGAAAUCCAGGAAGAUCCGAUGAGUUUCUCCCAGCAGUAUUUGCAUCUUGUAUCCCAGCAUCGGUGAGAUCCAGUAACUCCACUGCCUGCUCAUUCUUUCGUAGCUGAAACUGAGUGCUUAACCGUGCUUUAGGUUCGAAACCCGCAUCCCCCUGACUCUGUGCAAUGUGUAAAGUUCCACAGUGUAGGAGCUGUCAAAAGUCUUCUGAAUGUAUCAUAUUUAUUUGUUAUUUAAUACUAUUUAAAUAUUUUUUUUAUGCAAAUAGAUUGUAUUUAAAAUUAAACAAUACCACAAUAAAUUUAUUGAAUGAA